AUGGAGACGAAGCUGCAGAUACUCUUCCUUGUCGGAAUACUGCUGCCGUUGCAGUUUCUGAAGAUCACCGGAUAUCUACACGACGGCGCCGCCGCCGGAAUCCCGCAGAAAAUCAAUUAUCCGGCGAUCAACUGCCGCAAGCACACCGCAAGCCUGACGGACUUCGGCGGUAAAGGCGACAGCAAGACCUCGAACACGGCUGCUUUUAAAGCCGCCAUUGCUAAUCUGAGCAAGGUCGCCGGCGACGGCGGCGCUCAGCUCGUCGUUCCGCCGGGGAAAUGGCUGACCGGAGCGUUUUCUCUCACCAGCCAUUUCACGCUUUACAUCCAUAAGGACGCGGUUAUUCUUGGAUCUGAGGAAGAGUCGGAUUAUCCGUUGAUCGAUCCAUUGCCGUCGUACGGUCGAGGAAGAGAUGCUCCGGGGAAGAGAUUCUCCAGUUUAAUUUCUGGGACAAACCUUACCGAUGUCGUCAUUACAGGAGGGAACGGGACUAUCGACGGGCAAGGGGCAAUAUGGUGGAAGAAAUUUAAGGGUAAGCAGUUGCAGAACACAAGGGGUUAUCUCGUCGAAAUUUUGUUCACAAAUCAGCUUCAGAUUUCGAAUCUUACAUUCAAGAAUUCUCCUUCAUGGAAUCUCCAUCCUACUUAUUGCAAUGAUGUCAUAAUCGAACAUGUUACGGUCCUUGCUCCCAUUGAUUCUCCAAACACCGAUGGCAUUGACCCAGAUUCUUGUUCGAACAUCCGGAUCCGGGACAGCUACGUUGUCUCCGGUGACGACUGCAUCGCCGUGAAGAGCGGUUGGGACCAAUACGGCAUAAAAGUCGGGCUCCCGACGCAACACCUAAGCAUCAAAAGGUUCACGUGCAUUUCUCCCGACAGCGCCGUGAUCGCUCUCGGGAGCGAAAUGUCCGGUGGGAUCCGCGAUGUCCGCGCCGAGGACAUCACGGCAAUCAAUUCCCAGUCGGGCAUCCGCAUCAAGACAGCCCCUGGCCGCGGCGCCUACGUCAAGGACAUAUACGUAAGAAACUUCUACGCCGACACCAUGAAGUACGUCUUGUGGUCGACCGGCGCCUACGGUCAACACCCCGGCGAAGGGUUUGACCCGACGGCGAUCCCCCAAGUCAAGAACAUUAACUAUCGCGACUUUGUCGCCAAGAACGUGACUUACGUUGGAUCGUUAUCGGGGAUUGAAGGGCACCCGUUUACCGGAUUUUGUAUAUCAAAUUUGACGGCAACGUUGGCGGGGCCGGCAACCGCGGCGGCGGAGGUGGAGGAUUAUGUGGCGGCGGUUAAGAAGAAGCUUCCGUGGAAUUGUACGGAUGUCGCCGGAGUUACGAGUAGGGUGGUGCCGAAGGCGUGCGUGCAGCUGCCGGAGAAGUCGCCGGUGGUUUGUCCGUUUCCGACGGACGUGCUGCCGAUUGAUAGGGUUGAGUUGAAGAGUUGCUCCGUUGGUGUGUGA